UGUGAAGAUGGCGGACGAGGAGGCCGAGCAGGACCGUAGUCCUGAGAACGGUAUCAGUGAAACGAUAGGAGAACUCAGACAGCGGUUACUAGAUCUGCAAACAGUCGUGGUUAACGAAAGCGGCGAGUCUUCGGUGGAGUCCUCCUCUGAGUAUUGCCAGGAGUUUUGCAGGACACUUCUGGAGUAUGCAGGCCGUUGGAGGAUAGAGGAAGAACCUCUGCCAUUGGUGGAAGUGUACUUAGUGGCCCUGCUGAGUUAUGCCGAGGCCUCUCCGCACCUCUCUCUGCAGUGUGAAAAUGUUCCUCUUGUGGUUGAGAGGCUCUCGCUGAGCUUUGUCGAGCUUUUGCUCUCACUGAAGAUUGAUGUUCCAGUUGGCUUAUGGAAAAAUUUCAAGACGUCUGUGCAGUUUGCUUCCAGUAAGCUGCAGGAGAGUGGAAUCACCCAGCUGUCCCUGCUCUUCGCCCUGGGCCAGUAUGAUGGGGUUUGGAUCAACAGCACCCUGCAAGGCCUUCUGUCCAAGGAAAGCCUGCAGGCUGACCAAGUGGAGGAGUUCCUGGUGCAGGAAGGACCGGUGCUGUUGGAGAUGAGAGUGAAGCAGCUGAUGAAGGAGAAUGAGUCGGGGAAGGCCUUACUGCUGGCGAAGGCGUGCUACGACUGUCCUGCCUUCCAAGGGAAGGGAUCUUUUAAGCAGAUGUACCUCGUGUGCCUCUGUGCUACCUCAGAACAGGACCAGCUGAUGGGCGAGCUUUCAAAGGAGGAUUGCCGCGACGCUUUAGAGAUGAUCUGCAACCUGGAGUCAGACGGAGACGAGAAGGCAGCUUUCACCUUAUGCUCGGCCUUCCUGACCCGACAGCUCCUCCAAGAAGAUACAUACUGUGCUUGGGAGCUGACUCUGUUUUGGAGUAAGCUGCUGAAGCGACUGGAGCCAUCAGAGCAGGGCUUUCUUGACAGAUGCCGCCAGAUGUCCCUGCUUUCCAAAACCGUUUACCACAUCCUGUUCCUCAUCAAGGUCAUCCAAUCAGAGAUUGACAGCGUUGGACUUCCAGUGUGUAUCGAAAUGUGCAUAAGGGCUCUGCGAAUGGCAUCAAAUGAUGGGAAUACCAAGGCCACUGUGUGUAAGACUAUUUCCUGCUUGCUUCCCACUGACCUGGAAGUCAAGCGAGCCUGCCAGCUGACUGAGUUCCUCUUGGAGCCCACAGUGGAUUCAUACUACGCUGUGGAGACUCUUUACAAUGAACCAGAUCAAAAACUAGAGGAGGAGAACAUGCCUGUUCCCAACUCUCUACGCUGCGAGCUCCUGCUGGUUUUUAAAACCCAGUGGCCUUUUGACCCGGAAUUCUGGGACUGGAAAACAUUAAAGCGUCAUUGUCUAGGACUAAUGGGUGAGGAGGCUUCAAUUGUAUCAUCCAUUGACUUGCUGAAUGAUACUGAGGAUCCUGAAGAAGAGGAGGACUUUUUCAGUCAGGAGGGGUAUAAUAAUGUCCCAGACCACAUAGUGAGUGGCACCUAUGAACUAAAAGAUAUAACGGACAAGAAACAGAAAAACCGAGAAAUGAAGAAACUGAGAGAAAAAGGUUUCAUAUCUGCCAGGUUCCGAAACUGGCAGGUGUACAUGCAGUACUGUGUGCUGUGUGACAAAGAGUUUCUUGGCCACAGGAUUGUACGCCAUGCACAGACUCAUCUGAGAGGCGGAGUGUACAGCUGCCCAAUAUGUGCUCAAACCUUUUCCUCAAAAGACACAUUGAUUCCCCAUGUAACAUCGCAUGUUAAACAGUCGUGCAAGGAGAGACUGACUGCAUUGAAAACAAACAAGAAGUUGGCUAAUCCUAAAACCGCUGCCCCUGUAAUGGCAGCGUUACAGGCCAAGACAGAAAACAAACCUUAUGAAAAUGGGGAUUUAUCAGUGCAAAAUGGGGGGUUGAGUCCGAAUGUUCAGGACAAACUGGCUAAGAGUGAGACGGAGAGUAGUGAGGACAAUGUGUGCCCUGUUGGAAAAUGCAAAAGGAGCUUCAAAUAUUUCAAAAAUCUCAUUGCUCACAUUAAAGGUCAUGGUGACAACGAGGAAGCGAAGACUUUCCUUGAAAUGCAGAGCAAAAAGGUUGUUUGCCAGUACUGCCGCCGUCACUUUGUUAAUGUCACCCAUCUUAAUGAUCAUUUACAGGUCCAUUGUGGCGUGAAACCUUACAUCUGUAUACAGCUGAACUGUAAGGCAAGCUUUCUGUCCAACACUGAGCUUCUUAUACACAGAAAAACACAUUCUUUUUUUAAGGCCAGGUGCAUGUUUCCAAAUUGUGGAAAGAUUUUCAACGAGGCCUUCAAACUCUAUGACCAUGAGGCACAACAUUAUAAAACUUUCACAUGUAAAGUUGCAGACUGUGGAAAGGUAUUUCAUACACAACAGCAGCUGGAUUUGCACCAGGAGGCGCAUGCCACUAAACAAAAGCAAAGGCCAUCUACUGAGCAGAAUCCCCAAAAUGCACAGCCUGGCCCUUCACUAAUUCAACAAAUGCUUACCAGUAGCACUCCCCUUAAACAUGAGAAUUCCGAACAACACUGGGACUCUGAGAGUAAUUCAAGUAAUGGAAGGCUGUCAGCAUCCAUUGAGAGUUUGCUCAAAUCUUCACAAGCACCUAUGGAGAACUUGGGACAAUACAGAGUCAAACACGAACCACAAAAUUCGCCUUUUUCAGUCACCAGUCCGCCACAGGUUGUGACUCACAGUUUGAAUAAUUCUGUGAUUCAGCCUGUAAAUUCCCACAAACAUGUUUCGGGUUGUCAUUCUAACGAUAAUAUGAAACCACCCCAACAGAAUCAACCAGUACCUCCAUUUGAAGCAAAUUACGUGUCACAUCCACAAAUGUUCCCCGGGAAUGUAAAUGCUGGAUCAACGAGUUACAGCCCCGACUGCAGCUUACCUUUGCCAGGACAGCAAGGGCCAAUGUGUAGCAGCAACCUGUUACCAUUACCACUGCCUCAGAACUCUGUAGGGCCAGCAAUGACACAACCACUCCCUCCAACAGUAACUCCUCAGCCACUUACUGGUAACAGAUCAGAGAACUCUGUGACAUCCUCAAUGAGCACAGUCCCCCCUCCAGGACAGAGAGAGCGAUUUCACUGUGCAUUCGAAACAUGUACAAGGCACUACAGCUCCUACAGAAGUGUUGCCAAGCACAUGAAAACAGUUCACCCAGAUUUCUACGAGCAGUGGAAAGUCACUCGCACUAAAAUCAAGGUAACCUAUGCCCCAGCGCCAAGCACAGCAACUGUUGGACGUCCCUGUUCAGUCACCCCAGUUCAGAACCAGCAGGGGAACAGAGUACCAGUUCACGCAGUUCAGAGGCAGAAUGUUAUCCAGUCAACUCCUUAUAUUAAUAUGGGUGCAAGAAUAAACUGUACUACUCUACAUACCUCAUCCAUACCAACUCACAACCAGAGUGCUUCACUCCUGAUGGAGAAUGUUUUAAAUCCCAUUGUUCUCUCUCAGCUAGGAAGUGAUACAAAUCCAAUACCAACUCAGUCCCAAGCACCAGGUAGUCAAAGUUGGCACCCAACCCCCGGAAGUCAGCAAAUUCAGAUCUCUGGCUCUUCCCAAGUCUACUCAUCAAUAAUGCAAGGAAUGCCACAGGUCGAUUCUACCAGUGCUCCGUUGCCUCUGAGUGUCCCAUCUUGCUCUAUGCUUGGCUCAACAAUGAAAAGACCAGCAGAAUCCUUGCCAUCACCACUUGUAGCCAAUCGAGCCCAGUCAGUUAUGCCCUUGUACAUGGAUCGUGCUAAGCAACUGUCACAACAAGCGGCAGAUCUAAUUCCUCCACAUAUCUCACAGAUGCAAAGCAGUUUAGUCUCUGCUUCCAAAGUGCCAGAAAAAAAUAAUUCAGUGCAAAAUCAUGUGCAGUCAAAUUUAUCCUCUCCAGACGGGAGACCUAAAAAAUCCAAGAAAAGCCAAAAAGACUCUAGCAAACAACCUCUAAAUGGUCCAGUUGUCUCUGAAAACACUGCUGAAAAUCAAAAGAAGGCCAGAAAAAGCAGUAGGACCAAAUGGCCAGCCAUUCUUAAGGAUGGCAAAUUUGUCUGUUGCAGGUGUUUUAGACAAUUUGAUAGUCCCAAAUCUCUCGGAGGCCAUUUGUCCAAGCGUGUUAUCUGCAAACCAUACGAAGAGUCAGAACUGAACACAGACCUGCCAUCAUCAUUUCUUGACCUUCUCAAUUCAGAGCCAACAGUUAGCACCGCUGAGCCACAGCUGUCUUAUGAUCCUCCUGCUGUUUAUCAAGAGAAGCCUCUACAGUCAGUUACAAAUGGUUCAACAGUUACAAAAGAUUACCCCACUUCUAGUUAUUCACAAGAAAAUCUGCCAGUUUUAACAGCCACAAAAGAUUACCCCCCUCCUAGUUAUUCACAAGAAAAUCUGCCAGUUUCAACAGCCACAAAAGAUUACCCCACUCCGAGUUAUUCACAAGAAAAUCUGCCAGUUUCAGCAGCCACAAAAGACUACCCUUCUGCGAGUUAUUCACAAGAAAAUUUGCCAGUUUCAGCAGCCACAAAAGAUUACCCUUCUGUGAGUUAUUCACAAGAAAAUUUGCCAGUUUCAGCAGCCAAAGACUACCCUUCUGCGAGUUAUUCACAAGAAAAUUUGCCGGUUUCAGCAGCCACAAAAGAUUACCCUUCUGCAAGUUAUUCACAAGAAAAUUUGCCAGUUUCAGCAGCCACAAAAGAUUACCCCACCCCUAACUAUUCACAAGAAAAUCUGCCAGUAUUCGGGAAUGGUGAGUCAAAUGAUGACAUUCUUAAACAAAUAAUGGCUGAGUCCAACAUGUCCGAUCUUUUUGUGCACGCACCUGCUCCCCAGCCAAUGUUCCAAAACCCUUGCGGUCCAUUUUUAGCUGGUGAGCGUUUGCCAGGGAGCUCAGUCAUACAGCACACAGAAGAUGUCCUGCUGAAGCGAGAGGACAAUGUAUACAGCACAGCCCAUUAUCCUCAGCCUAGUGUCAAUACAUUUGCUGGUAGUGAAUUUCCAGACCCGCUAAUUUCUCAAAUUCUCACAGAAAACCCUCCGUCUGCUGCUCCUGGAAGUGUUCCUACAAACCCCAGUGAAGGGUAUCACUCUGAGACAGCAGUUCAGACACCAGAUUCAAACCCUGUGACGCAAUCACUGUUACCUGACAGUCAGCUUAGUCCAGCAUCAACAAGUGGCAAGCAGGCUGAGAUGCAAUGGAAGGCAGCUGAUCAUGAUAUUAAAAAAAGACUGCGAGAGCAGAUUUUGGCUGGUGACUUUCAGCGUAGAAACAGCGUAUGUCAAUCAAGCAACACUGACCCUAAUGCUAAUCCAAAGAGUCCCCUGUCCUUUAGCCCUUUAUGCAGUCCUUCUGAUAAUUUUGGACUUCAUCAGAUGUCUGAUGAUACAAAGAGUGACUCAGCUGGUCAAGGACAAGAUAACUUGACAAUCAUCCCAGCAACCUCUGGUGAAAUCGAAGAACUCCUGAACACAGAAAGCUUUACCGGUUUCAGAGAGUCCUCCACACUGCUGAAGCAGGAUGUACUAAGCCCCACAGGUGUCCUGGCAAAUGAUCCAGAUCCUGAACCCACUCAGUUAUCUGCCAGCCAGCAACAGUGGAUGACAGAAAUUCAAAGUGCAUUUGAAAGGCUUGACUUGGUCAGAGAAAUGUCUGUUGAGAUGCCAGCUCCUGUGGAACAAAAAAUCAUUAGUACCCCAAUCAAAACAGGAUCUACAAGGGACUUAGUCAAGCCAUUUGCUUGCGAGAAUGAAAACUGCACAUACAGUUCGAUGUCAGGUGAAGCACUUUGGAAACACCUCUCUAAAGCUCACAACUACACACUUGAGAUGGUGAACGUUGUGAAGAAAAGGUAUGGCCUAUACGCUCCUUUCAAGUGUCUGAAAUGUAGUAAAAGAUUCACUCGCAAUUCAAACCUUCGUGCUCACUACCAGUCGGUGCACAAAUUAUCAGCUAAAGAAAUUGCAGAUCUAGAUAUGAAGCGCAGAGAGGCCAAUGCUGCUGCUACUGCUGCUAUACGAAGCCGACUUUCUCCUGCAGCUAAAACCCCAACAGCUACUCCCUCAUCAGUGGAAAAUGGAGCACAUCUGUAUGCACCCCAAGAUGCAGUAAAAUGUAAUUACCCAUCUAAUGACAUAGCUAAUCAGAAUUUUCAAGAUGACAAUCGCUCCACAGUCAUUCACCCUUUGCAAACAGCUCCUGUGCACAACCAAGCAAUUGCUCCACCAGUGCAGGCCCAUACCUCCACAGAAACCAUAUUAUCAGCACAAGCUGGGAUGGCAGCACAACAGUGGUCACGUGGGCCGCAAAAAAUCUUGCCCAGGGUGCCCAGUCAGCAAGUUGGAGUCAAUUUGCCCAAAAUGUCGGCUACUCUCGCCCAGGCUCUGUAUGCCACGGCUCAAGCUAAUGUUCUUCCACCUCUUGACAAACAAUCUGCUAUUAACAAGCAGGCAAUAGACAUUGCCAAGAAGACAAAGGAGAAGAAACCCAACUCAGGUGGUGACACGAGUCCGUACAGACCAUAUCGCUGCGUUCAUCAAGGCUGUGUGGCAGCCUUUACUAUCCAGCACAAUCUGAUCCUCCACUACAGGGCAGUUCACCAGUCUGCUCUGUCGGCUUUGGAGGUGAACAAAGAGCAGGACCAGAGUGAGGGACAGGAUGAAACAACUGAGCACGAAGAUGAGGAACCAGAGGCAGACGUUCCCCAGAUUUCUGAGUUCAGAUGCCAAGUCAAAGACUGCUCCCGAGUUUUUCAGGAAGUUCCUAACCUCGUGCAGCAUUAUCUUCAGCUGCAUGAAUUUGGUCUUGACAAGGUGGGCACUGUCUUGUCCACCAUCAAGCUCGGCAAGUUUAGUUGUAGCCACCAAGGGUGCCCAGCAUCCUUUACGGCUUUCUGGAAGUAUAUAGGGCAUGUCAAAGAACAGCAUAAAGAUAUAAAGUUGGCCAAACCUGUAACAGUAAAUGUCUUGUUCGAGUGUGAAAUUGAAGGCUGUGAUCGUUCGUAUGCCACAAAGUCAAACCUGCUCAGACAUGUCAUGAAGAAACAUCAGGACCUGUACCAGCCUAAACUAAAGAAUCAGCAGAUAAAAGAAGACGGGAUGAAGCAGAACUCAAAAACUUUGCAUUUCCAAAUCAACAAGACGAUUAAUGGGAAGGAAAACAUUGAGAGCAAUAAAAAGAUCGUACAGAAGGGAAGUGACACAAAGAGAGUCAGCAAGGCAAAAAAAAGCAAUCACUGGACUAAAUAUGGAAAGCCCUCCUUAAAAUCUAAAGUUGAGGCAUCUGCAAUGUGCACGAAGAAGUUUCCUCUGCAGUACCCCUGUAUGAUUAAAGGUUGUGACUCUGUCAUGAAAUCAGAGCGAAGCAUUUUAAAACAUUACGUGGGACACGGACUUUCAGAGAAGUACCUGGAGCAGCAAAGGAGUCACUUUAUUUUCUGCAAAAAGGUCCCCAGGCAGAAGUGCCGCCCCGUCAGGAGUGACGAUUCCAAAUCAGACAACACCUCUGAACAGUCAGAGAACGAGGUGAUGGCAGAAACUGGCACUGGCCAGGAAGGAGGAGAAUAUGAAUAUUCAAAGCCUGUCCUGCGCAAAAGGGCUGCAGCAGGGUCCCCCUCUACAGUAUUCGACAGCAAGAUAUCAAAUGAUGAAAGUUCAGAUGGCUCUGGCUCUGUGGUGCUCAAACGCAAACGAGGACGCCCUCGAAAACUGAUCGAAAAAAUAGUGAAACGCAAGAAAACUCCACGGACAACCAAGACUGAAGAAGUUUACACUAAGGAAGAUAAAUCUGAGUCCUCUAGCCCUGCCAUAAUCCAGGAGGCAGUGACUGAGCCGAGUGCUUCACUGGCCGCUUUUAAACCAAUGGGAUUUGAAAUGUCUUUCUUAAAAUUCCUGGAACAGUCAAAUAAAAAUGACCAUCCCCUGAUGACGAAAGUUGAUGUACCAGAAACCGGGAGAAAAACAUCCAGUCUGAACACCAAAGACACCUGUGUUAAGUUCAGCAACCCUAGGAAUUUGAAAUCACUUAGUAAGGUCAAAAUCAUUAUAGACAAGACCUUUUCGGGUGUCACUGACCUUAUGUUGAAACAGCUGCAGGACAUGCAGCCCACAGUAAAAUUGUAAAAAUUAAAACAUGUCCUUUUCUUGUUUUUGUAAAGCAGAAUCUCAGGACUAGAUGAGUAAAAUCUGCUGCGGAUGGUGCCCCACAUUUGAAAUAUUUUUUACACAUCCAGUAAGAAAAAAAAGAGUUGUUUUGAAUAAUACUGUAAUAUCUGUACAAUUUUUGUCUUUUUUAUAGAAAAGUAUAUAGCAUGUUUUUAUUUUAUCAACUAUUGAGUCAAAAGGUUACCUGUAAAUUUGCGACAUCAGCCUCUGGUGUCUUAAUCAUCCCUGUGGGACUUCAAGACAAACGGACUUUGAAAUGGGUUGUAUUGUUGUGUGUAGUUUGUGAUUCGAAGAUGUUGAUUAUUGUGCGUUGGUUAUAUAGUCUGAAAUCACCCACUGCCACCAGCAGUCUUACUAUUAAACAAACCGUUUUUUUACAAUUAC